GAUUAAAAACUCAUGUUGUCUGGGUUUCCAUUCCAUCGAAGCAAUUAUCGCUACCUUUAAUUUCUCCAUGGACACAACACAAGCUUAGGUGUGUCUAUUUCCAUUGAAAGCAACAAAUGGGCAAAUCCAUCGAUGAGUUUGAAGAAGGGGGAAACCUUGAAUUUCAAUUGUUUAUGUUGAUGCAAUGAUUUUUGGACGAUUCAUUUAAUUUAAAGCUCAUUUGUUAUGACAAUUCGGUGGAAAUAAAAUAAAAUAAAAGAACAGCAAAAUCUUCAAAAUUAAAACCAGAGUGUGACACGUGUCCAAAAGGGUAGUUUAGGAUUUUCCAAAGCAUACUCUUCUCUUCUCUUCUCUUGUAUAGCAGAGCGGUGCCGCUGCAACAUCCGAAUCUCGAUUCUUUCAGCGUUCAAUUCAACCCACAAUUUCUGCGAGUGUAAGAUGGAAGGUGAAUUACCAAGCAUAAAGAAAUGGAUCGUGUUAUACCCUGUUUACAUCAAUUCCAAAAAGACUGUUGCUGAAGGAAGAAGAAUCGGAAUCUCCAAAUCAUGCGAAAACCCUACUUGUGUCGAAAUUGGGGAUUGUUGCAAUUUUCUUAAACUUCCAUUCGCAAUCGAGCUUGACAAGGCUUACCCUCGUGAUUUCAUGCAAAGAGGACGUGUUAGGGUUUUGCUCAAAAACGAGGAUGGGACUCUCAUUAAUCCAUCCAUAGCUUCCAGAAAGCAACUAAUGUUACGUGUUGCAGAGAUGGUCCCUAAACACCAUGGAAGGACCAAGAAGCAGGAGACUGCAUCAACAACAACUGCAACUGCUGGACCUUCCAACAAAUCUGGGAAAGGUGGAAAAAAGAGAAGAUAAUUAUGUGUUUGAAAACUUGUUGAACAUUUUCAUACUGGUGCCUCUCCAAGUAUGGGUUUUGCUAAGAGGAUGUUUAUUACAGUUUCAUACUGGUGCAUAUUAUUCAAUACAGUUGAAAAUAUUAUCCUAACUAAAUUGAAGUUGUACCACUCGGAAAUGGGUUUUGCGCAUAGGAUGUAACAUUUUGCUAAGAAGACUUCUUUUCAUACAAUAUAUAGUCUUUGUUUUUCUGUUUU